AUGGGUAGGAGCUGGCUGCUCCUUGGGGACGUCCCCUGCAAACAGGAGGAGCCCAUGUCCUGCCCCAAACCAGGGCGGCUCCGUCCUGGGGGCUGCGGGGAGCAGCUUCACCUGCAAAAACCCCGUCGCCAUCCCUUUCUGUUGUGCAAACGGGUCGGUAAGGGCCCCCGGCACCGCGCGGCCCAGCUGCCAGCCCGCAGGAAGCCAAAUCGCUGGGCUCGGCCGAGGUUUUCCGGCGAGGUCUCGGUACAGGCAGCAGAAGGACCCCCCAAAACCUGCGGCACCUACAUCAACCGCCUCAUCAAGGUGGAGGCUCACGAGAAGAACGGGAAGGGCUACCCUGGCCCCCUGCCCGCCGGCCUGCCUGCCCCCGAGCCGGACAAGGGGAAGACCCCCAAGACGGAGACGGUCAUCAUCCUGGAGGACUACGCCGACCCCUACGACGCCAAGCACACCAAGGGGCAGCGGGAAGCCGAGCGCCUGGGGGAGAACGACGGCUACAUGGAGCCCUACGAUGCCCAGCAAAUGAUCACAGAAAUCCGCCGUCGGGGCUCCAAGGACCCCCUGGUCAAAGCCAUCCUGCUGCUGGACGGUCCUGGCGAGCCCGGGGAGGGGGGCGGCAAACAGGAGCCAGCCAAGCGGCCGGGGGGCAAGGAGGCGGCGGGGAAGGGGCCGCAGCUCUAUGACACCCCCUAUGAGCCCGGAGAGGGGGUGGCCGGGGGGACCCCGGAGCGGAGAGCGAGGGCUGGGGAUGGGCGCCUGCCCGAGAACGACGAGCGCCCGGCGGGCGAGUACGAGCAGCCCUGGGAGUGGAAGAAGGAGCAGAUCGUCAAAGCGCUGUCAGGUAGGGGACAGGGAGGGGACAGGGAUGGGGACGGGGACAGGGACAGGGAUGGGGACGGACUUUUUAGCAGGGCUUGUAGCGAUGAGACAAGGGAGGGGGGGAAAUGGUUUUAAAAUGAAAGAGGGGCAAUUCAGACUGGCUAGAAGGAAGAAAUUUGUUACGCUGCGGGUGGUGAGACGCUGGCACAGGUUGCCCGGAGCGGUGGUGACGCUGGGAAGAGGUCCCCAUCCCUGGAGACGCUCAAGGGUUGCGUCCACAUCAUCGUGGCCCAGACCAAGGACAACAAGUACACGCUCAGCCAGGCCAGCGGCGUCUUCGCCAGCGUCCCCGAGGUCGUGCACUACUACUCCACGGAGAAGCUGCCCUUCAAGGGGGCCGAGCACAUGGCCCUGCUGCACCCCGUCCACUGCAAGCUGCAUUAG